GGACUUUUAUUUGGAAAAAUCUCAGCCUUUGCGGCUUCUACGUAAGCGGAAGUUCAGGCCAUCAGAGGAACAUCAGAUUCAGAACCAGUUUUCGGAGGUUCAAAUAUUCGGUUCGUUAGUGGUUCGGGAUGGCAGCGAGCGGAAAUGGAUUGAAAUGGGUUUUUGAACGCGGUCGGAACAUCAUGAACUCGUGUCUUUUCACAGUUCUGUUGCUGUUGGAUAUAUACUCGAAAUGUGUGAUCGGGUAUAUGAGUUCUUCUCAUGUGGGUGAGGAACCGGCAUACACAGCCCAGCAGAACCCUGUGAUGAGCAGUCCAGUGGCCCUGACAGCAACAUCAGCUACACCAGUGGUCACUGAUAACUACACAUCAAAGUGUCCGAGCGGCGGGCUCUGUACCAAACUACCUGCAGAAUGUAUCAGCUGCACGUAUCACCACAACUGCAGCUACGGCCAACCAGCAAACUUCACCUGCAGAACCAGAGCAGGCGUUCACUGUGUGAAUGCGUUGAAUCAGCCACGGCAGAAUUUCACCCUGACGGUGGACUGUCAGUUCUGUUGGCAGUUGGAUCCAUCUCAGUAUCGCUGCUCAAACUCUACCAGCUGUAUGACAGUAUCGUGUCCUCGCAGACGCUAUAACGCCACCUGUGAAGUACUGGAGCAUGUGCACUGUCUGGGUAAAAGAGUGUUUCAGAAGCGUCUGUUUUGUAACUGGACAGGAGGAUAUAAAUGGUCCACAGCUCUUGCUCUCAGCAUCACUCUGGGUGGGUUUGGAGCAGAUCGGUUCUAUUUGGGUCAGUGGAGAGAAGGUUUGGGGAAGCUCUUCAGCUUUGGUGGUCUGGGCAUCUGGACCCUAAUCGAUGUUCUUCUCAUCGGGGUGGGCUACGUGGGGCCCGCCGAUGGAUCUCUGUAUAUCUGAGGGUGGGGGAGCUGGUUACUCUCUCAUCCCAGAUUUCGAACCCCAUUAGCACGUGUUGCCAUCCAAACUCCCACUGCAGCAGAUUCCCAUCUGCUCCGAAUGUGAGCUCAUGCCUUCAACAGCAUGCCUGAGAAACACGGCGUCAUCUUCCACCUAAAGCUUCUCUUUCUCUUUCUCUCUCUCUCUCACACACACACACACAUGCACACACACUCCUACUCUGAGUGGAGGAAGACGAUGAUAGAAGACAGUAGCUUUCUAGAGGUUUUAUUUCCAUCAGGGUUUCGUCUGAAGUAUGCUGAAUCUAAAGAGGCAAAUUUGUACAGUAUGUAUCUUAAGAAUUGAUUUUAUAUAAGUGUUUGUGUAUAUUUAUAUAUAAUAGUGAUUAGCUGUGCAAAAUGUGUUCUCAACAAGAAUGUUUCAUGCCAUUUGUUGAUUUUCUGUUCACAAUUUUUUUCUGAAUAAAACUCAGGUUUCUUUGAGUGGAUUGUUCUCACCUACCGUAUCACUAUUGCAGUCAAACAAUUUGUUUUAUAAAAUCAAUCGGAGAAAAAGAUUGCUUUGAGGAGCAUAAUUCAGGAGAUACUAUUGAAAUAUUUGAGGAGUUCAUUGAAAUUGUUCUUUGACAGUCUGCUCUAUCAGGCUCUGUGUUUUAGCAUGAACAAAUAUGUUACUUGUGCUAAAUGGUUUCCAGGAACAGUUAUUUUAUUUGAAGCUCUCAGUUGCUGCCACUGUGUCUGGAACAGUCAGAAUAAAGAUGUGUUCGUCUCUCUGCCAUUCUAUUUGGAUUUUCAAACGUGUCUCUUUUCACAAUAGGGUACAUACAGUAGGUACAUCCUGACCACUAAACAGUAAAAUCUGUUCCUACUUUCAGAGGAUUCUGUUCCUCUUUUUGAAGUGCAAAUACUGGAAAACUAGCGUAUUACUACUAUGUCUACUACUGUAUACAGCCCACAUUUUUAAAAGUAGAACUGUAUGUGAAACCGUAUGCAUUAUGCAGAAACCGUAGUAUGCUGCAUUGUUGUCACAUGACCUCAUCACGUUGCACUGUUCAUUCAGCGAGUGGUGUCCAGUUCCACCUUGAAAAUGUAAUUAUUGUUUGUUUUUUUUUUUAUUGUAUUUUGUGUAAAAAUAUCUUCACAUUUGGCAGUCUGAUUAAAUUAGUUAAAAAGCAAAUGUUCGAAAUUACUGUUUAAAUUACUAAUGGCAUUCAUCAGACUGGAAAGUAUUGGGGGGGAAAUACAGUAUUCCAUGCAGUGUACUUGACUAUAUACUGCACACUGACAAAUGUUGUAGGUCAUUCAGGUAUUCCGUGCAUGCAGAAAAUUUGAAUACUAAAAUAUUUAAAUAUGGGUUCUUUAGCUCAGCUGGUAGAGCAUGGCAUUUGUAACACAGGGUCAUGGGUUCAAUUCCCAGGGAACACACAAACUGAUAAAAAAUAAUGUAUACCUUCUGGUGGUCUGGGCAUCUGGACCCUCAUCAAUGCCUCAUCUAUAAAAAUAUUUGCCAAAGGUAAUGUAUGUAAAUGAAUACUACUCAUUGUAAAUAUACCUCAGAAAUAGUGAAAGUUGUAGUAUACUGCCCUACAAACACAUAUAGUAACUAUAAGUGGUGUAACUUGGAUCUUAAAGGCCCCAGUGCAAAGAACCUGUGGGGCCCCCUCCUUGGGUUAGGGUUAGGGUUACAUGUUACGUGCACAUUUAUGGCAGUUGAGUGUGGAUCAGGGUCAAAUUACGUUAUUCUCAGUAAAAAUGCACUGUAUCUCUUGACUGACCUAUAUUCUUUUAUUUAACUCUGUCGCUUUCAGAUAUUGCAUAAAAAAUGUAAAACAUUCAUCCCACGAAUUUCUUCCCAGAAUGCCUGUCGACUCAAAAAUCAUCUUAAUUUUCUUAAGGUUAGAAAUCAAUAUCUUAAGGAACUCUUACCUCGGACAGAUCAUCAUAACAUGCUCUACUGUUUCUUCCUGAUUACAAACUUCACAUUUCCUUGAAUCAUGUUUCCCUGUUCUAUACAAAGUACUAUUAAGUGCUGUAUGACUAAAUCUAAAUCUAGAGAUUAUUGUUUCUUCUCUUCUAUUUUGUCCUGUUACUCUACCUUUACCAACAUUUCUUUGAAUGUUAUAAAACCAUCUUCCUGUUAUAUUCUCCUCCCAUUGUUUUUGCCACCUACUCCUCGUAUGUUGUUUAAUUCAACUUUUCAUUUCAGUCUUCAUGUAUUUUACAUUUAUGUCCAUAUCUCUUUUCUUUUUGUCUUCUUUUGCACUCUCAUCUGCCAUCUCAUUUCCUUUUACCCCUACAUGAGCUGGUACCCUACAAAAAGUUACAAUUAAUCCCAUCAUCUGAAUCCUGUAUAUUGUUUGAAGUAUCUCAAUCAAAACAUCUGCUCUAAUUUCAGUAUGACAUGUUUUUAAUGUUAUUAACGAUGAACUUGAGUCCGAACAUAUAAGGGCCCUCAAUGGUCUUUUUUCCUCAACCCACUGUAAAGCCAUUAAGAUUGCUACCAUUUCUCCAGUGUACACUGAGAGAUUAUCUGAGAUUCUUUUAUUAACCCGAAUAUUGAAAUCAGGAACCGUGAAUGCCACACCUACUUUGUUUUCUAUAUUUUUCGAUGCAUCUGAAUAUAUAUGGACAUAGCUAUAAUAAUUAUCCUGCAUGUACUUAUAUGUUUAUUGGGCAUUUGGUUUAGACCCCUGAUCUUUGUCUACAGUAGGUUGUGGUAACAACCAUUGAGGAAUUGUUGACCAUGGUACUGUUGGACUAAUGGGAGUCUUAUUUAUUUCCAUGUCUUCUGUUAUCUUAGGUAUUUUCCAUCCAAAAUGUAGAAUUUCCAGCUUUUAUUUUUCCCAACAUGGUUUUAUUGUGACUCUUGCUGGGUGUUCUUGAUUGUGACCUUGUAUAUUGACCCAAUCAU